GGUUUCUGGUAGCUGCCGGGCUUCCCUUUGUGGCGGAGCCGCCGGGCCGGGCGCUGCCACUUGGUGCCGGCUCCACGGGGCAGUUGCAGCCUCGGCCGCUGCACGCUGAGGGUUGUGCAAGGCCAGGCUCCUCCUGCCCGUGUUAGCCAGCCCAGCGCACUUUUAUGUCGCAAGGGGGGCCCUCGCUGGGCCCGCUGCUGGUGCUUUCAGCCCCGCGUUUACCCCCGGGGUGCUGGGGCUGCCCGCCUGAGGGGUGCGGGUCUCCAGCCGCGCCUCAUGGCGGGGCCCCGCCUGGCCGGGGCGGGGACGGCACCAGCCCGGCCCCCUCCUUCCCUCCCUGCCUCUUUCCCUGCCUCUUUCCCUGCCUCCCUCCCAGCCUCGGCCGGGAACGGAGUCGCCGCCGCCCUCUCCUCAGGUAUGGACGCGAAGAAAUGCAGCGUGUGGAUGUUUUUGCCUCUUGUGUUUACCCUGUUUACGUCAGCUGGAUUAUGGAUAGUGUACUUUAUAGCAGUGGAAGAUAACAAAAUUAUUGCGCUAAAUGUACCAGAGAGGAAGCCUGGUUCCAAAAGACCACCUUAUAUAAGUAUUGCAGGUGACGCUCCUCCUGCAAGCUGCGUGUUUAGCCAAGUCAUGAACAUGGCAGCAUUUCUAGCACUUGUCGUCGCUGUCCUGCGCUUCAUUCAGCUGAAGCCGAAGGUGCUGAACCCGUGGCUGAACGUCAGCGGCCUGGUGGCGUUGUGCUUGGCCUCGUUUGGGAUGACCUUACUCGGCAACUUUCAGCUUUCAAACGAUGAGGAGAUCCACAACGUGGGUACAUCGCUGACCUUUGGCUUUGGGACUCUGGCGUGCUGGAUCCAGUCUGCCCUCACCCUCAAGAUCAACCUGAAGAACGAGGGACGGAAAGUGGGGAUCCCACGGGUCGCCCUGUCAGCCAGCAUCACCCUCUGCGUGGUGCUCUAUUUCAUCCUGAUGGCUCAGGGCAUCCACAUGCACGCUGCCAGGAUCCAGUGGGGCCUGGUGAUGUGCUUCCUGUGCUACUUCGGCACGUUUGCGGUGGAGUUCAGGCACUACAGAUUCGAGAUCGUUUGCUCUGAGUACCAGGAAAACUUUCUGAGCUUUUCUGAAAGCUUGUCGGAAGCCUCUGAGUACCAGACAGAUCAGGUGUAGCCUGUCCUCUGGCAGGGGGGGAGGGAGGCAGGCGCGGUCCCAUGGUUCGACAUGACCUCAUUUACACUUGUUUUGAUGAGUUUGUUUUCCACGUGCAAUCAUGAUCGUAUUGCCAAAGGG